UUUGACAAAACUGAAUCAUACCGAUGUAUUUCUUACGUUCGUCAAAGUGAGGUAGCGCAAUUAUCUGAGGCUACGCGAGAUCAUCCUCCUACAUAAUGUUGAUAAUUUAGACGCCACACUCUUGUAAAUCUUUAGAAAAAUAAAAUUCAAAUACCUACAUGGGAGGUUUAAUCUAUUUUAUUGUUGCGGGUUGUCUAUGUUGCAUUUGUUGUAAUUAUUUGUUUAAAAUGAAAAAUCGAGUGAGAGAUUCGGAAGAUAUACAUCGAGUUGAGAACGGCCGCAUCUCUACGGACUCUAUUGUUCAUGUUGAGAAUAUCACACGAUCGCAGACGGACCUCCAGCAAAAUUUGGAAAUGAGCAGCAACUAUCUUGAUCUUCCACCUAGUUAUGAUGACGUUAUGAAAUCUAUCAGAGACGAUUCACACGAAACAUCUAGUUCUGUCGCUGAAGAAAUGUCUACCGAAGAGUCGGUUAAAAUGGAAAAUGCAGACCCUGCAGUGUUUAAUCCACACCGACCAGACUCUUCCACUAUAGCCAAUAACCAGAAUGGUAACUGUGUAACAAGUUUAUAAAGCAUAACUUUCAUGUAGUAGUAUGGAAUUCUGUUCAAGAAGCAGAUACCAACCAUGAAUAACAGUGAGUGUGUAAAGUGCUACAGAGCCAUUUGUGAACAUGGCGAACAAAUAACUGUACAUCACCUUUUGGCGAAACGGAAGUUCGAUUUUUAGUGUACAUCAAUUCAUGGGAACGCUGUUUUUACAUAAGUAGUUUACCCCACUGGUCCCAACCGUUGCUGUGAGGGCCGGUGUCGGACGCUUGUACGAAGUAUUUUCGAACAGAUAAAAUAUUACCUAUUCCAAAAUUUAUCCAAUCACUGAAUACAGAAUGAGGAAAAACUUAUUUGACCUCAAAAGUCCGACAUAGUUUUGUGUUUUGUAGCAAGAAAUCUCGAAUUUUAUUUAAAUACGAACAAAUACUAAUAAAU